GUAGUCCUCGACUUACAACAUUGUUCGUUUAGUGCCCGUUCGAAAUCACAGCGCCGUUGAAAAGAGCGGCAUGACCCCUUUUUCACACCGCAGCAUCCCCAUGGUCACCUGGACCAAAUUCAGGCGCUUGGCAACUGGUUCCUGUUUAUGACGGUGGCAGCGCCUGAUGUCGUUCCCCUUCUGACAGGCAAAGUCAAUGGGGAAGCCAGGUUCACUUAACGACCGUGUUACUGACUUAAGAACUGCAGCGAUUCACUUCACGGCUGGGAAGAAAAGUCGUAAAAUGGGACGACAGUUACUUAGAACGUCUCAUUUAGCAACUGAAAUGUUGGCCUCAAUUGUGGUCGUAUAUUGAGGACUACCUGUAUUCCCCUAGACCAGGGAUCUCCAAACUUGGCAACUUUAAGACUUGUGGACUUCAACUCCCAGAGUUCCUCAGCCAAGAACUCUGGGAGUUUUUUUUUUAUUUAUUUGCAUUUAUAUCCCGCCCUUCUCCGAAGACUCAGGGCGGCUUACACUAUGUUAGCAAUAGUCUUCAUCCUAUUUGUAUAUUUAUAUACAAAGUCAACUUAUUGCCCCCAACAAUCUGGGUCCCCAUUUUACCUACCUUAUAAAGGAUGGAAGGCUGAGUCAACCUUGGGCCUGGUGGGACUUGAACCUGCAGUAAUUGCAAGCAGCUGCUGUUAAUAACAGACUGUCUUACCAGUCUGAGCCACCAGAGAUUUCACCAGAGUUGAAGUCCACAAGUCUUAAAAGAGCCAAGUUUGCAGACCCCUGCCCGCCCUGCAGCCCAUUCCCACCUUGCCCCGUGCAAACUGCAGGCGGGGAGGACUGAGUCUGCUGCUCCCCCCAGUCUCCUCUGUGGGCGCGCCUGGACAGAGGCCUUCUGACUUUCCCCAGGGACACAGAAGUGGAAGCCAUGCCGGUGGAUCUCCUUGGGCCCAAAGGGAAAGUCAGGUGGUGGGCCACAACCUGCUAAGACUCACAUGGAUUUUUCAGGGCGAGAUGGACUUUGUGAUCCUCUUCGGCCUGUAUCUCGGCCUGGUGCUGCUCAGCGUGGCGGUCUGUGUCUCCUCCCGACGGGAGCAAAGCUUCUCUUGGAGGCUCAUCAGGGGCACAACUCAAGUGUUCUCCUAUGUAAUUCCAGCUCCGGUUCAUAGAGCAGCUCAGAAGGCAGUUCAUGGACUCUUCCAUUCCCGAAAUUCUUUCUUUGUGGUCCUGCACUUGAUCUUGGAAGGGCUGGUUUACGGCGAGUACACCUGGGAGGUGUUGAGCUACUGCCAAGAGCUGCAGUUCAGCAGGCUCGUCCUCUUUCUUCCUUACCUCCUGCUGGCUGUGAAUGCCGCUUUCUUCAUCCUCUGCUCCAGAAGUAACCCAGGUAUCAUUACCAAAUCCAACCAGCUUCUCUUCCUUCAUGCAUAUGCAUACGACGGUCUGAUGUUUCAACAAGAUGCGGAAUGCCCUACCUGCGCAGUGAGAAAACCAGCCAGAUCCAGGCACUGCGGCGUGUGCCGUGGCUGCAUACAUCGUUUUGAUCACCACUGUGUUUGGGUCAACAACUGCAUUGGAGCCUUCAACAUCCGGUUCUUUCUUUGCUACCUGCUGACUUUGACCUCCAUGGCCGCUUCUAUUGCAGCUGUAACGGCCGGCCUUCUCAUCAAGGUGGUCCUUUUGUCAAAUCUUCAUUGGGGACAUUAUACUGAUGACCAAGGUCAAGAGCAUCCAGUCGAUACCUUCUUCCUGAUUCAGCAACUUUUCCUGACCUUCCCUAGAAUUGUAUUCAUGCUGGGUUUUGUCAUCCUUCUGUUGGUCAUUCUGGGCUCCUAUUUCUGCUUCGUCCUGUACCUUGUACUGACCAACCAGACGAGCAACGAAUGGUUUAAAUCAGCAAGAUAUACGCACUCAUACUCGGAGCAAUACAGCAGGGAGGAAAGCUAUAGAAACAUCUACUCCAAAGGUGUCUGGGCCAACCUGGCAGAAAUUGUGACGCCUCUGACAAGUCCUGCAAAGAAAAGAAAGUGAAUCCUUGCACACGCGGAGCUGGCAAAAAACAGUGCACCUUACAAACUUAACUUUCUGUAGAAUGAAUUUUUAUUCUAUCUACUAAAGGACUAUUCAGAAGUGGAAAGUGAGUUAACGGAUUAGAUUGUUAAUGUGAGCAUCGAGUGCUAUUAUUUGCACUUUUAAAAUUACGUUUGCCUGCUUAAAAGCCCUGGGGAGGAGGCGAUGCGUUGUUAUUGUGGUAGUGAGUGGUUGGUUGCAGUUAGGCAGAUGUUUAAACAUGAUUUGGCAUUUUUAUCCACCUAUUGAGUACUUCCCAAGGACCUGGGAAAAGCAGAUGCUGUUUGAUGGCGUUAAAAAGUCUCUUCGCAGGAUUUAAGCUGUUCUGAGUCAAGCUGCCUUUUGCAAUUGACUGAUGGGACUUUUGUCGAUCAUGUUCCAAGUGUUGCUCCAGAAGUUUUGAGUUUGCACCCAAGGUGCCAAUUACUAUAGAGGCUAUCUUCGUUCUCCUUUGCCACAGCUGUUCUAUUUUUUUUAUUUGCGUGUCUUUGUAUUUUAUGGUUUUCUCGUUCUUUCUCUUCUAGUCCGUUGUCUCCAAAUACUGACAUGUCCACUAUCCAGACUUGUCUUUUUAUGGACAAUUGUUAAGGCUUGGAUUGUUACGUGGCAGGUGCUUGUCUCUAUUGUUAUAAUUAUUACUACAUAUUUUUGGUGAUGUAAGAUGAAUGGAGGCCUACAUCUAUUUCAUUUCCUGCUGCAAAUUACUGGGAAAUGUCACUCCAGACCCAGUUCUGCAGGUAUCUGGAACUAUGCAAAGCCCUGAACUGCAUUAUGUGGGUAUUUGAAACCUCUAAGACAAGGGUCUCCAAACUUGGCAACUUUAAGACUUGUGGACUUCAACUCCCAGAAUUCCCCAGCCAUGGCUGGGAAUUCUGGGAAUGGAAGUCCACAAGUCUUAAAGUUGCCAAGUUUGCAGACCUCUGCAUAUGGUUGGGUUCCUCCCGUCCUUAAAUGAUACGGGCUAAAUUUCUGUUUGAGGCCUCCAAGCUGCCCUCCUGCACCA